GAGUGUGAAUAAAACUGCAUUGUAACCAAAAGUAUAAAAGGGAAGGAGUAAUGUAAUAAGUUAAAGAGAGAGAGAGAGAGACAGACAGACAGAGAAGGGGGGGGGGUGCCUGUUAUGUUACAAAAAGAUCUUUCCCUUUCUGAUUUGUAGCUUGGGAAACACUUUUGACCGUUCUAUUCUCUCUUCUUUAUCCCUCCCUCUUCCUUCUUCCUUUUUUUUAAAGGAGGGAGGGGUCUGUCCCAAUAAUUUCUCUCCGACUAGAGCCCAUUUCAUAAAAUUGGUUAUCAAUAACAAGUGUCACAUUUCUUUAACAAAUUUGCUCUCAGUCAAUCAAAUGCAACAAUUUCAGAAGCUUAUAACAGAUAUUGCAACUUGUUAGUCAUGACAUUUAAAUCAUAAAAUUGUACUUUACUUAUUGAAUAUAACAAGGGAAAUGUGUAAAAAGGAACAUUCAAGCCUAGGCUACUUUCUGAAUACACAGGAAAGCACAAGGUGGAAAUUAAUACACAUUUUGAUACAUUUACAAACAAACAACAACAACAAAAAACACAAAAAUAGGAUAAACAAUUAAGAGAUGGAAAAUGCAAUGAAAGAAGAGGAACACAAACAGUAUGACUUCUAGUAUGAAGCAAUCACAGACCAAUAAGCAAAUUUGGUAUAUUCUAACACAGGUACAUUGUAUAUGGUAAUCGUUAUUCUGUAGCAAUAUGGAAGUAUUUAUUCACUUUGUAGAAGUGACAUAAUCAUAUUUAUUCACUUCACUCGAAUGCAUGGCAAAUGUUCAUGUACAUGUUAUAAGAAACAUCAAAUCACCGUGGUUAUUUGACCAACUAUUUGACCAAUCAGCGGCAAACAUGUUUUGAAGUGGGCGGAGCGUAGCUACAGCAGGUGCAUCAAGCUAAAACUUCUGUUCGAGAGACUACAAUAUUUUCUUAUUUUGAAACAUUGUUCUGUCAUUUUAUGGUUCAGUAUGGUGUUUGACUUCAGGAGAUUGGACGUCUACAGGAAGAUCCCUAAGGAUCUCACACAACCAACCUAUGCAGGAGCAUGUGUUUCUCUACUGAGUAUGCUGUUUAUCACAUUCUUACUACUAUCAGAGUUUAUGUCCUUCAUCAGACCAGAAGUAGUUAGUGAGCUGUAUGUGGAUAAUCCUGGUGAGAUUGAAAGGUUGACGGUCAGAGUUAAUCUUUCAUUACCCAAGCUCCAUUGUGGAGUUGUUGGGUUAGAUAUACAGGAUGACAUGGGACGGCAUGAAGUAGGAUACGUAGACAACACAAAGAAAAUACCCCUCAACAAUGGUCUAGGAUGUCUUUUCUAUAGUGCUUUUACAAUUAACAAAGUGCCUGGUAAUUUCCAUGUCUCUACUCAUGCUGUCGGGAUGAACCAACCUCAGUCUACUGACUUUGCUCAUAUCAUACAUGAAGUAUCAUUCGGAGAUGACAUCCAGAACAAGACUCUGGGUGCAUCCUUCAACCCUCUGGAAGGGAGAGAUAAGAGAGAUAGUAAAAGUGAUUUAUCUCAUGAUUACUACAUGAAGAUUGUACCUACCGUCUAUGAGGAUCUCUGGGGUACCAAGAACGUCUCCUACCAGUAUACCUAUGCUUACAAGGACUAUGGAUCUCAAGGUCAUGGAAGGCGAGUCUUACCAGCGAUCUGGUUUAGAUAUGACAUCAGUCCUAUCACAGUCAAGUAUCAUGAAAAGAGAGCUCCAUUCUACACCUUCAUCACCACAGUAUGUGCUAUUGUAGGAGGAACAUUCACUGUUGCAGGAAUCUUUGAUUCAAUGAUCUUCACAGCAGCUGAAGUCUUCAAGAAAGCAGAGUUAGGAAAACUCAGUUAACCAACCAUUGUCAUCAUCAUCAUCAUCAUCCUCAUCAUCCUCAUCAUCAUCAUCCUCAUUCUCAUCACAUCUGUGUACAUAUUUCUUUUUUCUUUUCCUUGUUUUUGAUGAGACUGCUUACAAGUAAUAGACUUUAUGCUUAGUAUAAACGAUUCCUAGUUUCUUGUUGCUACCAUCCUUUUUAUCUUAAUUUUCCAUUGUUGUUCUUGGUCCAGUUAUAUAAAACAAUAUUGUUUUGGCAUUUUAUUUAAUGAAUAACAAUUAUUAGAUAUCUAGACCAUACAAAAACUAGUGCAAGUGUCAAUGAUUAUGACUUGCUUUCAAACUGCAUGGAAAAUUAAAAUUUUAUGAAGGAACUUGUUUUGAGAUUGGCCUACAUUUAUAGCUACUUAUCUGUGGUCGAAAUAGGACCUACAACAUGUAAUCUCAUUGCAUUUUUAUGUACAGUAAAAAUAUUAAAUAUCAGAUAGCACUGAACUCCCUUCCCCUCAUUCUGAACGGAUCCAGACAAGAAACUUGGAAUCAAUUUACUUAGUCUUAUUUUAAA